GUCGAAACAAUGCUUCUUUCUGUUGACCUUCCUAACCAUAAGCAUGAGGCUUUGCUGCUUUAGCGACGGUUCACUAGUCGCGAAUGAGCGAAGAAGCUUGUCGCUGCAAAUGGUAGCUGCUGAUGGCACUCCAUGCCCUCACAAGAAGACUGCGUCAAGUGCCAUGUCCUCAUGCCUUCCCUUCCCUCUCCAUCUUCCGCAUCUCCACUCUUCCAUCAGCUUCGCCUCGCUCGCAUCCCGGCUACGAUCAGCUUCGGCAUUCACUCUCUGGGGCAUUUCGUCGAACUCUUGUGAUUACUCUCAAUGUCCCCGUCUUGCUUGCCUCAGGUUCUUCUCCAUCCAGAUUUGCGGCGACCCAGUUGUCUUCCGCGACCGGGAAGCAGCAGAGAGCGACUCCCGAGAGUCAACCGUGAUCGAAUUGCUCAAAAGUGUCGCUCUGCUUCCCACGGAAGCAGAGGCCAUGGAAUCUUUGAAGACUUCUGGGAUUGUCCCGAAUGGAGACUUGAUAUAUUCGGCAGUGUGGGCGUUGAGGGAAGAGUGGAGGCUGGCUUUUUUGGCUUUCAAAUGGGGCGAUAAAUGGGGCUGCAUUGACGAGAAAGUUCUCAAUUUGAUGACUUGGGUAUUGGGAAGUCACGGAAAGUUCAAUAUCGCCUGGUGCUUGAUACGGGAUUUGCAUCGGUCUUCAGUGGAUACGAGGCAGGCUAUGCUAGUUAUGAUUGAUCGGUAUGCAGCUGCAAACAAUCCGACAAAGGCAAUCUGGACAUUUCACGUUAUGGAGAAAUUCAGAGCUGCUCCGGAUGAGGAAGCGUACUGCACCCUCCUGACUGCUCUCUGUAAGAACGGAAACAUUGAAGAAGCAGAAGAGUUCGUGUUUCUGAAUAAGAAGCUCUUCCCCCUGGAAACUGAGAGCUUCAACAUUAUUCUGAAUGGUUGGUCUAAUGUUACUGUUGACGUGCUUGAAGCCAAGAGAAUUUGGAGAGAGAUGUCGAGAUGCUGCAUCACACCAAAUGCGACAUCAUAUACUCACAUGAUCUCCUGCUUCUCGAAGGUUAGUAACCUUUUUGACUCUUUGAGACUAUAUGAUGAGAUGAAGAAAAGAGGUUGGGUUCCUGGACUUGAGGUGUACAACUCUCUAAUAUACGUGCUUACUAGGGAGAAUUGCUUUAGUAAGGCCCUAAAAAUGUUGGAGAAACUGAAAGAAGCGGAUUUGCAGCCAAAUCACGCCACUUAUGAUUCCAUGAUACGUCCUCUAUGUGAAGCCAAAAAGCUAGAUGAGGCAAGAGCUGUUCUAUCUUCCAUGAUACGUGAUAACAUUCAGCCAACAGUUGAAACCUACCAUUCGUUUCUUGAAGUCACCGAUUUUGAAGGGACACUGGAAGUUCUUUCUAUAAUGAGGAAAGCUGGUGUAGGUCCUACUGGAGAUACAUUCCUCCUAAUUCUUGAGAAGUUUUUCAAACAGAGCCAAGUGGAGAAUGCUUUGAGGAUUUGGGUUGAAAUGAGGCAACAUGAAAUAGUGCCAGUUGCUGCGCAUUACCUCAAAGUGGUGCAUGGAUUGGCAGUGUCUGGUUAUCUCAUUAAAGCCAAGGAAAUUUAUUCUGAGAUGAGAGCCAAAGGGUUCUCAGAUGAUCCAAAGUUGAAGAAACUGUUGUACAGAACUUCAAGACGUAAGAAGGAUAAAAGGGAAUGGCAUGCCGGAGAAGACGAGAGUGGGGUUGGUGUGAACAUUAAGAGAGGAACUAUAUCGAGAUAGCAAAGAAAAUUUGUAGAAGAUCAAACAUGGAGAAUGGGAGGACAUUACAUGGUGUUUCCAAA